AUGAAAUUCAUAAAUGAAGUGGUUAAUGGUGGGGUUACCAUUAUCCUUUUUGGAGUGACGAAUGCGGUAUGUGCUCCUAAGAAAAGGAAUUUGUCCAUUUUUCGGGGUUUCAAGGGGGCGCGGAAACACAUAAGAACUCUUUAA